CUGGCACUGCUGUUGCUCCUGCCACCACUGCUGAAGCCUUGAGCAGGAACCAAACUCUUCAACAAAACACCCAGGAGGAUUCUUGGUCUCCUGCCCAAGCCUUCAGCCACCUCCAGAGGAAGUGAGUACACUCUUGGUGGUGCCCAGGAGGAAUCCUGGGAGGCUGCCAGACAUGAACUGGCCUCUAACACGGACACAACAGUGAGCUCGGACUACUGGCCUCAACUUGCCUGCGAGCUGUCUCUUGUCUCCAGCCUGGAUCUGCUGUGUUUCAUCGGAGAGUUGCGUGCCCACUGGGAGAAAAGGGAGGAGUUUUGAGACACCGUCAUCUGAGACAACAGAUUUUUCCCAGGACGUUCAAGCCCCAUCACCUCUGCUCUCCAGUUUGGGGGUGUCCCCCCACCUGUGACACCCCCCCAAGAUGAAAACCUGGAUCAGCAAUUCGGACCAAAACCUGGAAUUUUUCAUCCCGUUCCUGGGAAAAUACCACCGUCCGGUUUUGGGGCGCUGCUGCCAGACCUGCACCCCCAGGAGCUGGGAUGGAUUCUGUGCCGAGGAUCUCUCCGCUCUGGGAUUCCGUGAUGUCAGCCGUGUGACGGAGAGGGACACACGGUUCCGGGGGUGGCUGGUCCGGAGAGUCUGCGGAUUCCUUGCUGCCUGGGAAUGGGAAAUUCCAUCAGAGACCCCCAGGGAGCUCCCAGGGAAGAUCUGCGGCAGCAGGAGGGUGCAGGAUGUUGCCUCCAGCCGGGCCCAUGGAUGCGGAGGGGAUGAGAGAUCCCGGCGGCACUGGAAGGAGGAGAUCUGCCGGAUCCUGGGGGAAAUCCAGGCACCGCUGUCCCCUCUCCUGCUGAGGCUGUGCCACUGGAUGCUCCCCAAGCUGCUGAGCCGUCUGUUCCUGAGCGUGCAGCUGCAGCAGGGGCAGCUGGAGAUGGUGCUCCGGGCUGCCAGGACGCCCGAGGUGCCGCUGGUGUUCCUGUGCACCCAGCAAUCCCUGUUGGAUGGGCCGCUCCUGUCCUUCCUCCUCCUCUCACAGGGCAUCGGAGCCCCCAGGGUGACGGUGGGCACCCGGAUCAGCCCUGGCCUCCGGUCCCUGCUGCAACGCCUGGGAGGGAUUUUCCUGCCUUCGGGAAUGGCGCAGGCACGGAGUGAGCAGGAUGAGGGGCUACCGGGCACUGUCCUGGAUGCGUACGUGCAGGAGGUGCUGCGGAGCCGCCAGCCCCUCAUCAUCUUCCUGGAGGAGCCCCCGGGUUUGCUGCGGCUCUCGGAUCCCGCCCGGCGCUGGCUGCUCCGGGUGCUGCGGGCGCUGCGGGACGGAGCCGUGCCCGACGUGCGCAUUGUCCCGGUGGGAAUUGCCUACGACGUGGCUCCCGGCGGAGCGGGGCGGGAUGGAGCGCCCCCUCAGCCCCUCGGGAUCGCCGCGUGUCUCCGGGCAGCAUUCCAGGCCCUGCGCCGGCCCCGUGGCUGUGCCCAGGUGGAUUUCUCCCAGCCCUUCUCCUUACGGGAAUUUGUGGAGAACAACCUGGUGGGGCCGACGCUCAGUGGGAAUCGACCAGAGCAGCUACUGCUUCCCACCAUCCUUGGCACGUGCGUGCCGGAUGUGGGGAAUGCGGGCACUUUGGGUGCCGGCGUGGGGACAGAAGAGGAGAUUUUGGUGACAGUGCUGGGGCUGCACACACUGAGCGAUUCCAGCGCCUGCUCCGCCAUCAUGGCUGUGGGAAUCACCGCGGCGCUGCUGCUCCACAGGCACCGGGAGGCCGUGCUGCUGCCCCGGCUGAUGCGGGAUUUCUCGGGGCUGCUGGAGCAGCUCCUGCUGCGGGGCCGGGCCGUGGGAUUCCGCGGGCAGCUGCGGGCGCUGGUGCUGCACAGCCUGCGGCAGCUGCAGCCCCCCGGGGCCGGGCUGGGGCCCCCCGAGGCCUCGGCACGGGGGCAGCUGGUGCGGCUGGCGGGGGGCAUCCGGCAGCGCCUGGGCGGGGAGGCGGCAGGGGCCUGUGCAAUCCGUGCCCUGCUGCUGGAGGUGCUGCCGAUCCUGGGGACCCCCUGCGGCCCCCCCGGGAUCGUGCUGAGCCGGGAGGAGCUGCUCCGCAAGAUCCUGGAGGUGCUGCUGCUGCUGCCCCCCAUCCUGCUGGGGCUGCAGCCCUGCCAGCCCCCCGAGCGCCACAGCCUGGACAUCCUGGACAAGCUCGUCCUUGGGGGGCUGCUGGAGGAGGAGGAGCCCGAGAGCGAGUGCAGGGGCUGUGACGUGGCCCCCCGACCCUCGUCCCGGGGCCGUUCCUGCUGGGACUUCACCGAUGACAGCGACAGUGACAGCGAGGACAGGGUCCCCAAGCGCUGCUACAAGCUCAGCGAGCCCCAGGGCUUCCCCGGCUUCCUCCUCUUCCUCUGCCGCCUCCUGAGCCCCGUCCUGUGGAGCUACGGCCGGGCUGCGGAAUUCCUGGACAGACCCCCCUGGCCCCAGCCCGAGGCAGACUACGUGGAGGCGCUGCUGGAAUUCCUGGAUGAGGAUGAGGAUGGGUAUCCUGACAGGAGCCUGGCCCUGAGCUCCCUGCAGAGCUUCAAGGACAUGGGGGUGCUGGAGGAGCUGCAGACCCCCACUGGACCCCUCCUCCAGCUCUCCCAGCCUUUCCAGUCUGCUUCCAACCGGGAGAAGCUGAGAGCCUUCAUUCACCAGUUCACCCAGUUGUAGCCCCCCGCACCAGAGUCAUAAAUGGGGCCCAGGGACCUGAUGCCUUGUGGAUUUAUUGACCCUGUGGGGGGGUGGAGGUUCUGUCUCUCCUUCCCUCGCCUGGGAUGGAAAACUCCAUAAUUUCUGGUGGUGGUGCCCAAGACAGCUCCAACCAGCACAUUUCCCCCCAGCCCUUCUCUGCUCCCUAACAGCAGGUCCAGUUUUCAGUAAAAACACUGGGAUAAAUCAAACUCUCUGACACUAUUUUUUUAGUAUUAGAAAGCAGGCAUUAGUUUAGUCACAGUGUUGGGGUGCAUGGGGAUAGUUCCACUCAACAUGUCCACCCACUUUCAAAACUUUUCAUUAUGUAUUUUUAGCAAACAAAGAAAUUCAUGUUCAUUGGUUAUGUUACAUAAUUCUCUUAAAUAAGUAGUAUUCUAUAUUCUAUUGAUUAUUACUUUCUCACUUCUCAUGCUAUUUA